AAAGCUUGAUAAAACAGCUUUUGGGAAAAAGUUAUUCGACACAAUAUAACUUUAAUUAUCGGAUACAAAUGUAGUAGAUUAAACAUUAAAUUUGUUAAAUAAUUUAAAAGACUAAGCAACACGCGAACAAGAAGAUGAUACUGCUCAUAAUGAUGAAAUAUAACAUAAUUGUAGUAUUGAAUUGAAAAAUUUAGAAGACCAAAUAUAAACUGCAUAGUUAAAAUCUGAAGAAUUAUUAUAGGAAAUAUUCGUAAAAAGUUAAGUUAGAGACUAGAAAAGUUUAUAAUUUUCCGAAUAUAAUGAAUAAUAUAAAGAAUUAUUAAAAAAUAAGGAACGUUUAUAAAAAGAAUUAAUUGUAAUAGAAUAAAACUGGUCAAACAUUUAGGAUGAUUAUGAAAAAGCUUCAUAUACUAUAAUGAGGGCUAAGGAAGUUAUUCAUGGAGAAUUUAGAAAAGAUCAAUCUUUUAUGUAAAUCCCAGAAAAGAACUUAAUUUAAGUUUCAAGACAUUUUAAUAAUAUAGCAGAAAAUCAUAAAUUCAAUAAGAAAUCUUUAAAUGGAAUUUUUAAGGUAUUAUCUUAGAUUUCAUCUUCUGCUCCUAUAUAGGCUGAUCCUUUGGCAGUAUAAAAAAUAUUGGAUAUUUGUGAUUAAAUAAUGGAAAAAUUAGGAGAAUCUUUAGAAUAGGAAAAAAGAGUUUAUAAUUUAGAAAAAAAAAAUAAUUUAGAUAGUUAAGAAUUAACUUAACAUCAUUCAGAUGAUUUGAAAAGAAAUCUUCUUGAAGUUGAAAGGGAUAUUGGGUUACUUAAUUAGGCUAUUAAUUAAGCUUAAAGUGAUAAAGAUUUCUAAGAUAGAAUUAUUAAAGAUUCUAGUGAAUAAAAAUAAUUAAGAUAGGCUCUUUGCCAUGAUUAAUAAUUAUAAUAUGAAGAAAGAAGCAAAACAAGAAACGAAGAAUUAAAGAUUAUAAUUUAAAUACUUGAUAUUCUUAAAGAAUAAGAAAGUAGUUUAAAGAGAUUUAUUAAUUCUAGAUA